GAGCCGCGAGACACAAUGAGCAGUUGUGUGGUAAGAAACCUUGGCACAACAGAUAUUUCAUCUCACGGUGACUUUAGCUCCAAAUUACCUAAUUAGCCAGACAAGUUCUGGUAAACAAGAGGAGGAUAUAUUAAAAGAAGAAAAAGAGCAGAUACAUUCAUCCUUUUUCUGAUUUGUGUUGAAAGGAAUCAAAUUUAAAACACUGGUCUAAAAAAAUAAAGCCAGAUGACUUUUUUUUUUUUUUUUAAUCACCGAAAUUCUAAACAGGCCAUGAUAGGAAAACCCACAGCAGUUCUUUCUUGAAUUUGAUUCACAAGCAAGCUCCCUUACCUAGGAAACUAUUGCGUAAGUGGUGUACGUCAAGGCCAAAGUCCACUCUACCCACCGGGCCUUAGAGCUCAGUAAUGCUUGUCUUUGGUCAUCAGAAUUACACAGCCAGUCCGGGCGCUGGAAAAACAAAUCCAACCUCUGCCAUACUCUGGAAAGGAGAGGAGCACAGUAAUUUUGCAAAAGAUUAAGAGUACCCACAGGACAAAGACGAUGAAUUCACCUGAACUUUGGAAUCCUCCGGAAGUCCAAUUUUGCUUUGCUUUGGUCAACAAUUCAUGCCCUAGAAAUGUGAGGUCUGUGCUGAGUGUGUGUGCCAUGUAUGUUGUCAUGACUGGUGCUAUAGUGAUGACCAUGUUGGGCAACCUGGUUGUGAUCAUUUCCAUCGCUCACUUCAAGCAGCUCCAGUCCCCAACCAACUUCCUGAUUCUCUCCAUGGCCACAACUGACUUUUUGUUGAGCUGUGUGGUCAUGCCCUUCAGUAUGGUCAGGUCCAUUGAGUCUUGCUGGUAUUUUGGAGACCUCUUUUGCAAAGUCCACAGCUGCUGUGACAUCAUGCUCUGCACCACCUCUAUUUUUCACCUCUGCUUCAUCUCAGUGGAUCGCUACUAUGCUGUUUGUGACCCUUUGCAUUAUGUCACCAAAAUUACCAUCCCUGUAAUAGAGGUCUUUCUACUCAUCAGUUGGUCUAUUCCAAUUUUUUUUGCCUUUGGCCUGGUAUUCUCAGAAUUAAACAUAGUUGGUGCAGAAGACUUUGUUGCAGCCAUUGACUGCACAGGUUUGUGUGUAUUGAUAUUUAACAAGCUCUGGGGGGUGUUGGCUUCCUUUAUAGCCUGCUUCCUACCUGGGACUGUAAUGGUGGGGAUUUACAUACACAUUUUCAGCGUAGCCAGGAAGCAUACUAAGCAAAUUGGCAUGGGUCCUACCAGGAAACACGUUGGGUCAGAAAGCAAAAUGAAAGUAUCAUCCAAAAGAGAAAGCAAGGCCACCAAGACUUUAAGCAUAGUCAUGGGAGUGUUUGUAUUGUGCUGGCUGCCCUUUUUCAUCUUGACAAUCACAGACCCUUUCAUUAAUUUCACAACUCCUGAAGAUUUGUACAAUGUCUUCCUCUGGCUGGGUUAUUUCAACUCCACUUUCAAUCCCAUCAUAUAUGGCAUGUUUUAUCCCUGGUUUCGCAAGGCAUUGCGGAUGAUUGUCACGGGAACCAUCUUCCACCCUGACUCUUCUACCCUAAGCCUAUAUCCUGCAGAUACUUAGGCAAUACUCUCCAUUCUGUAAGAUUCUUUCCUGGUAAGGAAUCUUGUUGGAUGCUCCUCCUCAAAGGUAAGGCCAUAAACUUACUGGAUAAGCAUAUUCUUCCAGUUGGUGUUUUGGACAUCUAUCUAAGUAGGAACAAUCGAUCUAGCAUUCUAGGUUUACCAGAGCUACCAAAGUGGUUAAUUUCUGGAGUUCUGGGGAAGGCAUCUCCAAUAAAAAACUCUGUCCCAUGGCUUGCUGAUUCCUGAAUUCACAAAAUUAGAGAUUUAGAAUUUCACUCCUUUGACUUAAAUCAAAUGGAGAUCUUAUUUUUUCUUAUGAACAUCAGAAGAGGAGACAGAGUUGGUCUUCACACUUAUUGACAGCCACGCAGAGUUUAUCUAAAUCUUUCUUGAGACUAUUGUUCUAUCUUAGGGGAGCCAGGGAGAGAGCUUGAGAACAUUGGGAGUCUGGAUUAUUUAGCAUGUGAUUGACUUGGAAGGGGAGAAGGAAGCAGACAGUUGUAGCAAGUUUCAAUUUUUUUGGUUCUGACUUAAACCUCUUCUAAAAGCAUUGAUGUGAAUUUUGUAAUAUUUUGGUAAAAUUGGACUGUCUUACUGAAUGAGAAGAAUGAAUAAAUAAGAGUUUAGGAAUAUAUUCUUUCUCCCUCUCAAUACGUAAUUAUGUAUGCUGUAUAUAUUUACAGCCUGUGUAAUACACAUAGGUGGUACUUCCAUGCCUUUGGGUGUCUGUGUGUACAUACUAAUUAUUCACUAAGGUUGAGUUUCAUUCACAACUGAAGUUCUUUCCCUACCCCGUAGUUUUAAGAUAAUACUUAAUGCUGCACAUGUCUCUUCAUGUCUUUUUUUUUUUGUCUUGCUCUUGCUUCUCCUACCCCAUAAACUUAUUUUGUCCUUUACAACCUUCUUUUCAUCCUUCAUACCAUCCCUCUGUCUCUCUAAUCUGGUGGUUCUCAAUCAGGGACAGUUUUGCCCUUUGUGGCCAUUCAGUGUCUGGAGAUGUUUUUGGUUUUUACAACCAGGGAGGGAUGCUACUGACAUCUAGAGGGUAGAGGUAAGGAACACUGCUAAAGAGUCCACAAUGCACAGAAUAUCCCCCACACUAAAGGAUUAUCUGGCCUAAGACUUCAAUAGUUUCAUGGUUAAGAAAUCCUGCUUUAACCUUAGUUAACCUCACAGCUUCAAUAUUCAUGUCUAUAUAUCUUUCUCUGAAGUAUAUUUAUUUGCAGCCUAUCAUUUCUUCCAAACUCAAGCCCCUCAUUUCUUACUACCAAUAGACUGCCAUUUUGAAUGUUCUACCAAGAUCGCAAACUCAAUGUAACCAGCAUCUUCCUUCUAUGCACACCCACCACCCCAAACCCA